UCAGAGUCCACUGGAUACAGGAUACGCGAAGAAGAGUAUUGCAUAUACGGCUUUUCUUGAUGAUCUGCGUGGUCACCAUGCUGGCCUUUACCAUUACAUGGUCACCACAAUAUGAGCCAAAAGGCGGGGCAGGAGCGUGCCCCGCGCAUUGUGCCUUUUCAAAUUCCGACGUCAGUACACUUUUCAGCGAAUAUGGGUUCCCAAUUCAGCACACUGCUCUCACCUUCGCUGGCAUAGUCCAGUCAUUUCUGCUUGCAUGGGGGUAUUCAACCACAGGGUUCUUUGUUGCCCCUUUCUGGUAUAAGUUCUACCGGUUCUGGCUAUGGGUCCUUCCUGGUCACGUUUUCAGAGGCGUAAACAGCCAGUCCAGGGAAGCGUCCCAGGAUACCGAUGGGCAGCUGGGGGUUGUGCAACCUUCCCCGGCAAUCAUGGAGCUACAAUUGACAUCGUCUGCUGGAAAUGGCAACCCUGUAGUCAGUUUACGUGGUGAAGAACCGUUGCCGACAAGCGUACGGGCAGUCUUUAAUAGGCCCCAGCCGCCGAGCUAAGAUCUCUUGGUAUUCCU